CUUAAAUUCCCAAAAGAGGAGAAAGAACUAAAAAGACACGCAUUGCAAACUGCAGCUUCAACAGAGUGCAGCCCCUUGUUCCAUUCACUCCCUGUAACCCUGUUCCUACCUUCUUUUCUUUUCUCCUAUACUGAAAGAAAAGAAUAAUUUAUUUAUUUAACUCGGACCAAAAAUUGGUGUUUGGAGCUUGAGGAUUUGAGCUGCAAUUAAAAAGAGAGAAAGAAAGAAUUUCACAAGAUCAUGGACGUGGAAUCAUCGGAGUCCGCCGCGUAUCCAGGGUCCGGUAGUAUGCAAAUUCCAAUAGAUCUCUUCGGUUCCAAAGAGCACCAUGGAAUGCCACGUGGCACCCUGGCGUUCGCCGACGAAUCCGGUAACAUAGUCUACAAGGUCAACCGCCACAAUUCUUCUCCCAAGGACAAGAAACUCUUGCUCGAUGCUUCCGGCAACGUCAUCUUCUCCAUACACCGCUAUCAAAAGGGGAGUUGGAAAUGUUACAAGGGAGAAAGCAACGUGGAAACGGAUAUGGUGUUGAGGGUGCAGAGGACAGUUAAGAAGUUGAAUAUAGUUGAGUUACAAGUGUUUUAUGGCGGCAACAAUGGCGAAGCCUGUGAUUUGAUCAUGAGGGGUUCUCCUUGUAUGCGAUCAUGUGGCAUUUAUAAAGACACUGAAAUUGUUGCUCAGACUAGCCUAAUGUACAAGCUUCACCAAAUAUAUGCAAGUAGGGGUAAAUUCCGCAUAACGAUAUUUCCAGGAACUACUGACCGUGCUGUUAUUGUUGCUUUGUUUGUAAUAUUUUUGAAUGGACGAAAAUAACAUCAUUAAUAAGUAGGCAAUUGCAGUUUAUUCUCAGGGCUAUCUGAAUCUGUAACUUAAGCCGGAAGAAAAGAAGUUUUGAAUUGACAUACAUGUUAAUUCUUUCUCCAUAGGCAGGAAUUCAAACAUGCUUCCUUACAAGUUAUAUGGAGCAAGCUGUAAACUAAUCUGAUUUUAUUUCAGCU